ACUGCAAUCUGGUCCACACAGUCAGUCAGAGCACUUCAUUGGAGCCUGUUCGAGACAUGAUCAGCUGACGACAAAAGGACAAUGGCUUUCGGACAGAGAGGAGCUUGUUAAGUGGAUAAACAUCCUUGGGGCAGGGAGGUGGCUGGGACAGAACCGGGAGUGGGCAUGUUCUUGAACACAGCUUCUCCCCGGAGGUCAUUCACCAUCCCGAUCAAGAUCAACCUGCAGGGUGCUCGUAGGCGGCAGACAAAGUUGUCUUGUCCAAUAGAGCUCCUUCACACAGCACAGGAGCAGGAGUGGAGUAGAGGACUGGAUGGACGCGGAGAGCAGCGAGCUCGGACCAAGACACCGGUGUCGAGUGUUGGGGAGGACAGAGCCAUCCUGCUGGGCUUCACCAUGAUGGCCUUCUCUGUGCUCAUGUUCUUUGUGGUCGGCAUUACUGUGAUCAAACCUUAUGUUAACAGCAACUGGGAGAAUGAGGCCAGCUGUGUGCUGCUGCAGGCCGUCACCAUGGAGGAGUGGGUGGACUGCAGAGGUGUGAGCACUGUGCCUUGUCUCAGGGUGACGGUUAACCUCACGGACUCCAAUGAGAGGGCUUUGCUCCACUUUAACGAGGAGUCGGUCUUCCUAGCUUCUGAGUGUUUCUACAUACCCAAAUGUCAGAUGGAGAGAACAGAACUUCAGGAUGAAGUCCUGAAAGUAAAAAACAGCUUGGACACUCAGCUGGGGAGCACCUUAUCAUGCUUCACAGACCGCGCAAGGCACCCCAGGGACGCCAUCUUGGGCAGGAAGUACACCUUUGAGAAGACCCUGUUUGCGUUGCUGUGGCCCUGUCUGAUGCUGGUUGGCGGAGCUCUGCUGGUGGGCCUUGUGAAGCUGACACAGUGCUUAGCGCAUCUCUGCCCUGAAAUGUGCAGUGAGGCUGCAGUGGGCAGGCUGACAUCAAGGCAGGGCAAACUUUACAGAUGCUUCCGGAGGUCCAGCAUGCAGUCCCCUUCAUGAUGUUUGUAGUGUUUGUGCUGCAACAUGCAAAGAAUUGUGAAUUAAUUUGUAACUUGUAUACAAUGUGAAACAGGGUCGGAAUGUAUGAAUCAGAGUAAAAAAAAAAUGUACAUCCAGUGUUUCAAAAAUCCAAGAAAGUUGACAUUUUAGCCAAUUCUCUUGUGCCAUGCAGAAGUAAAGAUAAUUGGUCUGAGCUCCUAAAUUCUUUAAGACGGCCCCAGAGGUUUCUGAACCCAGUUAGGACUGACCAGCAGGACACACAACUUUCAACAAUGAAAAAAACUGAAUAAAAAUGAAAUGUCUUGAAUGCAAAAUAUUAUUAGCAAACACAAAUCAGCCUAUUUGUAAAAAGAAACAUUGAUGAUAGGCCUAUUAUGUAAGGUUAUCCCUAGAACAGCUAUCCACAGAUACAGUUUAUCUUUAAGGGCGUUUUAUGUUUCUGCGUCUACUCCAUGCAGUCGCUCCUACGCCGUCGUGACCCUGUCGGAGAUCUGCAGCGGGUUGCUCUGCAUCACAGUGCAUUUCACCGCCAUGACGCUACGGGGUGUCGCCUGUGUCUGUGUCGCUCCCCAUCGAAACGGUACUCAGAAUGGCAAACCCCAUAGACUGUCGUGCUAAGCCAUUAAUCUUGUGAAAGGUAUCGAGAAAUAGACGGUAAAAUCCAUUGACCUAGUUACCAUAACCAGAAAAUAAGUUUGAGGUUAUUUGCGAGGUGUCAGCCAGCCAGUUUACGUUACGUUAGCAAGCAAACUUUAGCACAACUGCCCACAAAGUACUACCUGCUGGCAAAGUGCU